AUGACGGGAACAGACAAGAAGGACAAGAACGACGCCGUCCUGCAGCUCGUGCAGAAGAUUAUUCCGCCUCUGCACCCGACGCUGCACAAGGGACAGGCUGGCCGUGUCGGCGUCCUCGGCGGGAGCGGGGACUACAGCGGUGCGCCCUUCUUCUCCGCCUUCGGCGCGAUGCGUUUCGGUGCGGACCUCGCGCACGUCAUCUGCGAGCCGGAGGCGGGCAACGUGAUCAAGACAUACGCCCCCGACCUCAUCGUGCACGGCACGCUGAUCGAGUCCAAGGGCCUCAAGCCGGCGAUUGAAGAGCUCAAGUCCGUCAUGGAGCGGAUGCAUACUCUGGUGAUUGGCCCGGGUCUCGGCCGGUCCGAGUUCAUGCAGGGGUGUGCGCGCGAGGCAUUGAAGCUGGCAAAGGAGAUGGACAUUGGCAUCGUGAUCGAUGCCGACGGACUGUGGCUUAUCAACAAGGAGCCCGAGCUCGUCAAGGACUGGCCGGGCGCGUGCCGCGUCAUCCUCACGCCGAACAUUAUGGAGUUCAAGCGGCUGUGCGAGGCGCUCGACCUCUCCUCGUCCAACCCGGAGGAGAAGUGUGCCGCCCUCGCGAAACGCUUCGGCAACGUCGUCAUUGUGCAGAAGGGCGGCGAGGACCGGAUCUCCCAUGGACGUCCUCUGCCACCUGCCUUCAAGGUUGACGGCGACACGCUCGUCGACUCGACGCAGGGCGGCCUCAAGCGCGUCGGCGGGCAGGGCGAUAUUCUCUCCGGCAGCACGGGCACGUUGCUCGCUUGGGGCCGGCUCUGGAGCCAGGGCACUUAUGAGUCGGUCGGCUCGCCGCCGGACGAGGAGCUCAAGGAGCACGUCGCCCUGCUUGCGGCCUAUGGGGGGAGUAACUUUAACAGACACCUCAGCCGGGCAGGGUACAAGAAGAUGGGAAGGGCUAUGGUCACGCAUGACCUCCUCGAGCUCAUUCAUCCUGUUUACGAUGAGAUGUUUGGCGCGCAGCAGUCCAAGCUCUAG